AUGGCUGCCAACGCCGAUAUUAUUGUAGCUAUAGACCUCGGCACCACUUUUACAGGUGAGUUAGAUUUGUUCCAGUUAGACUUCUGUCUGACAGAAUUCAAACGUGCAGGUGUGGCGUGGAUGACACCGAAGAGACCACCACACGUCAUCAAUGACUGGCCCGGAAGUGGUGAUCGAAGUGAACGCAAGGUCCCGACCACCCUGGUCUAUAAUUCGGAUGGGAGCAUCUCUUCUUGGGGUUUCCUGUGCGAGGAUGACGACGACGACGAUGCGGGUUCUUCCAAGACGCGCAGAGAGUUCUUCAAGAUUUUUCUCGACCAAGACACCUUGACAGCAGCUCAAAGGCAAGGAAUCUCAAGUGUACCUUCCAGCACGAAUGAGGCGCAACGAUUUAUCAUAGACUAUCUCAAAGAGAUAUACAGCCACGUAAAGGAGAUCAUCGAGACACAAAUUGGGAAGCGGUCCCUUGGCGGUUGGGGACAGCUGAAUGCCGUGUUUCUGUUCAGUGUGCCCACCACGUGGACGAGCAUGGCCAUUAUCAAUACCUUCAAAGGUAUCAUCAAAAGUGCUGGGUUCGGUACAGAGGGCCCUAAUCAUACAGCACAGCUCGAUUUGACUGAGGCAGAGGCGGCCUCAAUUGCCACAUUGAAGAUGAGCCCUCUCGAGUUUCAAAAGGGAAGCCUCUUUCUAACCGUAGAUGCCGGUGGCGGCACAACAGACCUUGCUCUGAUGCGCGUCACAUCAACCGAGGCUUCAUACCCGGAGAUCUCCCAGGUCGCUUCUGUCACUGGCAUUGGUAUAGGCUCAACUCUGAUUGAUAGGGCCUUUGUUCGAUUAGUGACUGAGCGGCUUGAAGCUUAUCCUGAGGUCCGGAGAGUCUUACCCACGUACAAUAUCAUCGUGAGUUCGAGGAGCAGCCAGCUCAAGGCAUACGCCACUAAGAUGUCCAGAAGCCCUUUGUUCAUCAAUGCAAUUAAGCACAAGUUUGGAGAGAAAAGCUGGACGUGGGACAACUUCAGGUUCAAGAUGGACGGAGUCUCUCACGAGUUCAGCCACCCAGGGCUUCGCAUUGAAAAUGGAAGGAUGCUCUUCUCAAAGACCAGGGAGGAGAUUCAACAGCUCUUUGACAGUCAGAUAGAAGGUAUGAUAAAAAAAAUCAGGGAGCAGCUUGACUGGAUUACGCAAUCAGGGAUGCGCGAACAAGUGGCAUACAUGGUUUUGGCCGGGGGGCUGGGUAGCUCGGUGUAUGUGCGGCGGAAGAUUCAAGAGUAUUUGAUGUCUUGCAAUCACCCGAACGCUAAUCAAGUAGUUGUCAUCCCAUGCCAAGAACCUCAACUGGCGGUUAUUCGUGGCCUUUUAUUGGAUCAGCAGCAAAAGCUUGAAACAGGAUCACACGUUCUCAAGACCAGGAUAGCCCGAGCAAGCUAUGGUGUUUUGGUAAAAGUUCCCUAUUCCGCUGCUCUCCACGCCAGUGAGGACACGGAGGUUGACCGGUUUGACCGUGAUCGCACCUGGGCGCUUAGGCAGAUCCACUGGCUCAUACGAAAGGGAGAUGCGAUCGACUCAGACGCUGUGCUGACCAAAGGUUUCGAGUUUUGGCUCGGCCCACGCGAGACUACGAGGACGUGGGAUGCCAUUUUUCUGAUUUCCCACAAUGAAGCCUCCCAGCUCCCCAAAAGCUUGAAACAACCCGGAGCGAGCAAGUUGUGCUCCGUGGAGAGCAAUCUAUCUGGUGUCAAGCAGCAUGAAUUAGUUAUGAAGCACAAGCGAGGUACUUGCCUCAGGAGAGGAAAAACCUACUAUAUUUGUAACUUUGACAUCCAUGUCAUCGUUGCUCCAGCCGACAUACGGUUUGAGCUUUGGUUCGGCGGGCGCAAAUGGUCCGGCAACCACGAGCCUAUCUUGGUGACAUGGGACUAG